GGCAUUUUGGGGGGAAUACAUACAAGACACCGGACGGAAUAUUUCCUUAUCUAUACUCCACUACUUGAGCCUUUACUUUUUCUCUCUCUCUCCCAACAGCGGCUUUAUUACAGCCGUCUCUUUUCAGAGCAUGCACUUGGAGAGAUGCGCAUGACGCGCAGGGAUGCAGGGGAAUCGAUUCACUCCUUUAAACGCAAAUGACUGAAUUCAUCUUCAGUGGGAAUGAAAUGUUUCUGUUUGCUCUUAUAGAUUAACUUUUAAAAGCUGAACCGAAAUAACAAUACAAAUUAUUGUCAUUUGAAGUCUUGUCGUUUCUACAGUACUUAAACUUUGCCUCAUCCGACUUUGAAGCAGUUUAUUAGUAUCUGUUGAAGACAAACUGAUUUACAGACUCUGCCUAGUUAAAACGCUGAUUUUGGAAGCACGAGAUCGACGCGUUUAUGUCUGGCAUUGCUUCUGGGAAACCGGGACUACGGCGCAACAUGUAUCCAGCGUGGCGCGGGGGAACGCGCGCUGAACGUUCGCAGACGUGCCGGAGCACCAUGUCAAGGCGCGCGUUAAGUCUGAAGUGGGGCGUCGGAUGGAUUCUGAUGUUUUUAUUCAUCAACAGCACUUGGGCGCAAGAUGACGUCCCACCAUAUUUUAAGAUGGAGCCGGUGGCCACCCAGAUCCACCUGGAGGGAAACCGUGUUGUUCUCACCUGCAUGGCUGAGGGCAGUUGGCCACUGGAGUUCAAAUGGCUUUACAAUGGCACUGAGUUGACACGUUUUUCCCUGGAGUACAGGUAUGUAAUUCCAUCGCUGGACCGCUCUCAUGCAGGCUUCUACAGAUGUAUUGUCAGGAACAGAGUGGGGGCAUUGAUGCAGAGGAGUUCACAACUCCAGGUCGCCUACAUGGAGGGCUUUGUGGAAGCAGAGCGGUCUCAGGUGGUUUCCCAAGGGGAAGCUGCGUUGAUCCAACCUCCGAAAAUCCACAGCUUCCCGAGGCCUGGGAUCACAUGGUUCAGAGACGGACGCAAGAUCCCUCCCAGCAGCCGCAUAGCCAUAACUUUGGACAACACUCUUGUCAUCCUAUCCGCCGUGGCCCCUGAUGCAGGCCGGUAUUAUGCUCAGGGCGUCAACGACAAGAACGGAGAGAACAAGACCAGCCAGCCCGUCAUCCUGACUGUAGAAAACGUUGGCGGCCCAGCAGACCCUAUAGCUCCCUCUAUUAUAAUCCCGCCGAAGAACACCAGCGUGAUGGUGGGCACGUUUGAAGUCACGCUGGAGUGUGUGGCAAACGCAAGGCCCCUCAUUAAGCUCAGCAUUACAUGGCGGAAAAAUGGAGUGCUGGUAAACCGAGGCCUCCGGGACUUUGGCCGCCGUCUGACCAUCAGUGGCCCGCUGGUCAGUGACAGCGGCUACUACCAAUGCGAAGCCUCCCUCCGGAGCAGUAGCGCCCCCUCUGUCAGCGCAGGAGCAUAUCUGCACGUCCUGGAACAUCCUCAGUUCGUGAAGGAGCCGGACAGACACAUCACUGCUGAGAUGGAGAAGGUGGUCGACAUCCCGUGCCAAGCUCGAGGUGUUCCUCAGCCAGAUAUAGUGUGGUAUAAGGAUGCUGUUCCCAUAAGCCCCGUGAAAACUCCUCGAUAUAGAGUCCUAGUCGGCGGCAGUCUGCAGAUAAACGGCCUGCUCCCGGACGACACCGGCAUGUUCCAGUGUUUCGCUCGCAAUUUGGCAGGCGAGAUUCAGACGAACACGUACCUUGCUGUCACCAGUAUCGCCCCGAACAUCACAGCCGGCCCAUCUGACAGCGCGGUGAUUGAUGGCAUGUCCAUCAUUUUACACUGUGAGACCUCGGGUGCCCCGCGGCCCGCAAUCACAUGGCAGAAAGCUGAGCGUGUUUUGGCGAGCGGUUCGGUGCAGUUGCCUCGGUUUACUCUGCUGGAGUCGGGCAGUCUUCUGAUCAGUCCAUCUCAUCUGUUGGAUGCUGGAUCCUACACCUGCAUGGCCAGCAACUCCCGGGGGAUUGACGAAGCCUCGGCCGAUCUGGUGGUGUGGGCUCGAACACGAAUCACUAAUCCACCUCAGGACCAGAGCGUGAUCAAGGGCACAAAAGCGGCCAUGACCUGCGGCGUGACCCACGACCCCAGUGUUACGGUCAGGCACUUCUGGGAGAAAGGAGGAGCAGCCAUUGAUGUGAAGUCGAGUCCCCGAUUGCGCCUAGACUCCAACGGCACGCUUCAUAUCUCUCAGACGUGGUCUGGCGACAUUGGCACCUACACCUGUCGUGUCACUUCAGUAGGGGGCAAUGAUACUCGCAACGCUCACCUGAGAGUCAGGCAGUUGCCUCAUGCUCCAGAGAACCUGAUUGCGACGCUCAGCAGCUCUGAGAGAAGAACCAUCAACCUGACCUGGGCUCAAGCUUUCGACGGGAACAGCCCGCUCAUCCGCUACAUCCUGGAGGUGUCCGAAAACAAUGCACCUUGGACUGUUCUCUUGGCCAACAUAGAGCCAGAAUCCGUCAGUGUGAUUGUCGGAGGCCUCAUCCCGGCGCGCUCGUACCAGUUCCGUUUGUGUGCCGUCAAUGAUGUGGGCAAGGGCCAGUUUAGCAGGGAGACAGCACGAGUAUCCUUACCCGAGGAGCCACCUAGCGCCCCUCCACAGACAGUGAUUGCCAGUGGCCGAACCAACCAGUCUAUCAUGAUCCAAUGGCAGCCGCCUCCCGAGAGCCACCAGAAUGGCCCGCUUCAAGGCUACAUCAUCAGGUAUUGUCUGUCCGGAUUACCUGUGGACUGUCAGAUGAAAAAUAUCACCAAUCCGGACCAAACCAAUCUUCUGCUUGAGGACCUCAUCAUUUGGACCAACUAUGAGAUUGAGGUGGCUGCUUAUAACGGAGCAGGACAAGGCGUUUACAGUCCCAAAGUCACCGAAUGGACACUGCAAGGGGUGCCUACGGUGCCACCAGGGAACUUCCAGGGGGAGGCUGUCAACUCCACCACAGUCCGCUUCACAUGGAGUGCCCCAAGUCCACAGUUCAUCAAUGGCAUCAACCAGGGAUACAAGCUGUUGGCAUGGGAACCAGGCCACGAGGAAGAUGUUACCUUGGUUACCGUGAGGCCCAAUUUUCAAGACAGCGUUCAUGUGGGUUACAUCAGUGGGCUGAAGAAGUUCACCGAGUACUUCACCUGUGUGCUGUGCUUCACUACACCGGGAGAUGGCCCUCGCAGCACCGCACAACGCAUACGCACACAUGAGGACACUCCAGGUCCUGUAGGUCACCUGAGCUUCACAGAAAUCCUGGACACAUCUCUCAAAGUGAGCUGGAAAGACCCUCCUGAGAAGAAUGGCAUCCUCACAGGGUAUCGCAUUUCUUGGGAGGAAUUUAACCGGACAAACACUCGUGUCACGCAUUAUCUGCCGAACAUGACGCAGGAAUACCGGGUCACCGGUCUGACCGCACUCACUACCUACACCAUUCAGGUGGCUGGAAUGACCAACAAAGGUCAAGGUCAGCUCUCGUCCUCCACCAUUUCCUCUGGUGUGCCACCAGAAAUGCCUGGACCUCCUACCAACAUCGCCAUCUCCAACAUCAGCCCUCGCUCUGUUACCCUGCAAUUUAAACCAGGCUACGACGGAAAAACAUCCAUCUCACGCUGGCUGGUUGAGGCUCAGAUCGGUGUUAUUGGGGAAAAUGAGGAGUGGGUCAUGGUCCAUCAGUUGUCCAAUGAGCCUGAUGCAAGAUCCCUUGAGGUUCAGGGCCUGAACCCCUACACAUACUACAGGUUUCGCAUGAGGCAAGUGAAUAUAGUGGGCACAAGCCCACCCAGCCAACCAUCCAGAAAGAUCCAGACCCUACAGGCUCCUCCAGACAUAGCUCCAGCCAACAUUACUCUCCGCACAGCCAGUGAGACCAGCCUGUGGCUCAGAUGGGUGCCUCUGCCAGAGUGGGAAUACAAUGGCAAUCCUGAGCUGGUGGGCUACAGGGUGCAGUACUCUCGUUUGAGCUCAAAAGUUGGCUUCCUGUCCCACAUCAUUCCUGACAGACAGGAGAGAGAGUUUACCAUCGAGGACUUGGAAGAGUGGACAGAAUAUGAAGUUAAAGUUCAGGCAUUCAAUGGCAUCGGACCAGGACCAUGGAGCCAACCAGUUCAAGGCAGAACAAGAGAGUCAGUCCCCUCCAGCGGCCCUGCAAAUGUUUCAGCUUUUGCUACCACCUCCAGCAGCAUCCUGGUCCGCUGGGGCGACGUGACAGAGACUGACCGCAAUGGACUAAUUCUAGGAUAUAAGGUGGUGUAUAAGGAGAAGGAUGCAGAGUCAGUUCUGCAUUUCUGGAUGGUCGAAGGAAACACCACUUAUAGUGUCCAGCUCACUGGUCUUGGGAAGUAUGUGCUUUACGAGAUCCAGGUUCUAUCCUUCACUCGUAUAGGAGAUGGCAUGCCUAGUUCUCCACCAAUCUUUGAGCGUACACUUGAUGAUGUACCUGGGCCUCCAGUUGGGAUUCUUUUCCCUGAAGUCAGGACCUCAUCAGUGAGACUGAUCUGGCAGCCCCCUGCCCAGCCAAAUGGCAUAAUCCUUGCCUAUCAGAUUGCAUUCCGCAGAAACUCGUCCAGUAUUACCUCUGCCAACGUUGAUGUGCUCAACCCAAGUGCACGACAGUAUACAGCAACUGGACUGAAACCAGAGAGUGUUUAUGUGUUCCGCCUCACAGCACAGACUCGUAAGGGCUGGGGAGAAGCAGCUGAGGCUCUGGUGGUCACUACAGAAAAGAGAGCACGGCCGCAACCCACAAGUCGCCCCGUUGUGCCUCAGGAAGAGGUGCAGGCCCGCAGUGUGCUGUUGUCAUGGGAACCAGGCAGCGAUGGUCUUUCACCUAUUCGGUACUACACCAUUCAAUACAGAGAGCUGCCUGACAGCAAUUGGACUGUCCACUCUGCAUCAGUCAACCAUGAGGCCACCUCUUACGUCAUCGACAGGCUCAAGCCUUUCACUUCCUACCAGUUCAGAGUGAAAGCCACUAAUGAUAUUGGGGACAGCGAGUACAGUGAGGAGAGUGAGGCAAUCACCACUCUACAGGACGCUCCCGACAAAGCUCCCACAAUCCUCUCUGUGACGCCACACACCACUACAUCUGUGCUGGUCCGCUGGAAGCCGCCCCCCGAGGAGGAGAUCAAUGGCAUUUUGCUUGGUUUUCGUGUACGCUACAGAGAACUGCGAUAUGACCGCCUACGUAGCUUCACAGUGCGCACUGUGAACAGCCCCGCAGGCAACUGGGCUGAGCUCACAGCCCCCUACAGUGUGAGGAACCUGAGUGAAUCCUCACUUACACAAUAUGAGCUAGACAAUCUGAAUAAACACAAGCGCUACGAGAUCCGGCUGAGCGUUUAUAAUGCGGUAGGGGAAGGGCCCACCAGUUCGCCGCAGGAAGUGUUUGUCGGAGAGGCGGUGCCUACCGCCACCCCUCAGAAUGUUGCAAUCCAGUCCUCGACGGCCACUCAACUUGAUGUCACGUGGGAUCCUCCUCCAGUCGAGGCCCAGAAUGGGGAUAUCCAAGGCUAUAAGAUUUACUACUGGGAGUUUCAGCUCCAGAACGAGACGGAGCGACUGCGCACUCUCUUUCUGCCGGAGCUGAGCGUCAAGCUGAAGAACCUGACCGGCUACACCACAUACAUGAUCAGCGUAUCGGCUUUCAACGCGGCAGGGGACGGCCCGCGCUCACUGCCCACCAGAGGGCGCACUCAGCAAGCAGCUCCGAGUGCUCCCAACUUUAUCCACUUCAGUGAACUCACCACCACCUCUGUCAACAUGUCCUGGGGUGAGCCCAAGCAGCCCAAUGGCAUCGUGGAGGGAUACCGCGUAGUCUACGAGCCCUGCACGCCCGUGGAUGACUCCUCUCCUCACACUUCAGGUGUCAGUAAGAUUGUCACUGUGGAUGUGAAGGGCAGUGCCCCCUUGUGGAUGAAAAUCAAAGAUCUGGCAGACGGAGUGACCUACAACUUUCGCAUCCGCGCUAAAACCCUUACCUAUGGACCAGAGAUUGAGGCCAACAUCACCACUGGCCCUGGAGAAGGUGCUCCAGGGCCUCCCGGUGAGCCGUUUAUCUCUCGAUAUGGCUCUGCACUCACGCUCCACUGGUCCAAUGGGGAUCCCGGACGUGCCCCUAUCACACGCUAUGUUAUAGAGGCAAGACCAUCUGAUGAAGGACUUUGGGAUAUUCUAAUUAAAGAUAUCCCUAAGGAGGUGACAUCAUAUACUCUUAAUUUGGACACACUCAGAGAAGGGGUUACUUAUGAUUUCCGUGUGAUUGCGGUGAACGAUUAUGGCUACGGUUCUCCAAGUGCUCCUUCUCCUUCAAUAUCAGCUCAAAAGGUCUCCCCCUUUUAUGAGGAAUGGUGGUUUCUGGUGGUUAUUGCUCUCGUGGGGCUCAUUUUCAUCCUUCUGCUUAUCUUCAUCUUGAUAAUACGGGGACAGAGCAAAAAAUACACCAAGAAAACAGACUCAGGUGCUCACUCAAACUGCACAUCCCUGCCCCUAUCCCAUGGAGAGAUGGUGCGGCUGGAUGAAGGACGCUUCCCUGCCCUGGAACUCAACAACCGUCGACUCUCAGUCAAAAACUCCUUCUGCCGCAAGAACGGAAUCUACACACGCUGA